GCAACAACUCACAAUAAUGCAAUAGGACACCAGUAACAGUACCAAUUGCAGCGCAGGUGUCACUAGCCACAAACGGACACCGAGUGAAACAACAAACAAAGAGAAGAGCUGCUGCACACAACAGUAAAUUUGCUGCCAGACACCUUCAAUUUUUGGGGGAAGGCUGAAGGCUGAAGUUGCGACGUUGCGGAAGACGGUCGUGUUCGAAAAAGAUACGGAAGUGAUUGAAACUUGAUUAAAUACACUAACAACAACAACUACCACCUGAGAGUCGCUGAUCAAGCAAUGGCCGAUGCUGGCGGUAUGCCUGAAAACGCGGCCGAAAUCGCCGUUGCCAAUGCAAUCAAUAACAUCAACGGGCGUAAUCGGGUCUUGGCCGCCGGAGCGGGGGGUGCUGCUGCCCAAAACAACAUGAUGAACAUGAGGGAUCGACUAUUUCAUGCCAUUUACUUUCGUGUAGCGGCCACCUAUGCAGAGCUAGUGCCACGCAAUGUGCAGCUAGCCAUUGAGUAUCUGCUGCUGCUGAAGGCUUUGGUAUUCUUCUUUACGUUGGUCUAUGUCCACACGGCAUUUGUUAAGAAUCCGUGCACCUGCCUGCAGAAUGUGCAGAAUUGGCCACGUGACGGCGUCAUUCGAGUGGAGAUCAUACCGUAUCUGGCCGAGAAGCGUGCGAUUUGGGAACGCAUCAAGGCCGAUCAGCAGAUUGUGCUGGCCCUCAAGCACACCUACUACUAUGGCAUUGGACCACAAACCGUCGAUAAUCACUACAGGCUGAAGCGCUACGAGACAAUACUGCGCAAGCUGGGCAUGCCUGUGCGUCCCAAUUUCGCGUAUGGCAAUGAGACUUUGUAUCAUUACUUUGAUGCCAUCAAUAUACUGGAUAAUGUUGAUCAUCCAAGCGAUAUACCGAUAAAGGCCGUCGACGAUGAUGAUGAACAGUACAUUGUGGAGUACUCUCUGGAAUAUGGGCACUUGCGCUUAUCGCCUGCCACACGCAAGCGACUAAAUAUUCCUGUGCUGACCGUGCAGCUGGAUCCGAAUACGAAUGAGUGUUUUGGCGACGAUUUAACGCGUUAUCUGCUCAAAAAUUUACUGGGUUACGAUGACUUGCUGAUGGCUUCAGUGCGCACAGUGGCUGAGAAGGAGGAGAAUAAGGGUUAUCUGCGCAAUGUGAUCACUGGAGAACAUUAUCGCUUCGUUUCGAUGUGGUGGGCUGCUUGGAGCAGCUAUCCAGCCGCCUUUUGUGUGAUGCUGCUGUUUACAUUUUCGGUGUCAAUGCUGCUGCGCUAUUCGCAUCAUCAGAUCUUUGUGUUCAUAGUGGAUCUACUGCAAAUGCUGGAGUAUAAUGUUACAGCGCGUUUCCCCAUUGCGCCGCUGUUGACGGUCAUAUUGGCGCUAGUAGGCAUGGAGGCGAUUAUGUCGGAGUUCUUCAAUGAUACAACUACAGCGUUCUAUAUUAUAUUGAUUGUGUGGAUCGCGGAUCAGUUUGAUGCCAUCUGCUGUCACACGAGCAUCACGAAGCGACAUUGGCUCAGAUUCUUCUACCUAUAUCAUUUCGCAUUCUAUGCGUAUCAUUAUCGCUUCAGUGGACAAUAUCGUACUUUGGCGCUGCUCUCCUCCUAUCUGUUCAUCCAGCACUCGAUGGUAUUCUUCUUUCAUCGAUAUGAGCUGCCUGCCAUAAUGGCGCAGCGUCAUGUCUUCAUCAUAUCGCGUAAUCAACCCAAUGCGGCAGCUGCCGCACCCGCUGCUGCCGGCCCAGCUGCUGCUGCUGCUGCUGCUGCUGCGGCUCGUCCUGGUCCUGGUGCUGGUCCUGGUCCAGCUGCUGCUGGUCCUGUUGUAGCUGCUGUUGGUCAGCAGGCAGCCGUGCAACGUGCUCGUCUGCUCGUAACGCGACUAUUUCAACAGUUGGCAACUGAGCACCAGGAACGGAGACAGGCGGGUCCAGGUGGAGGUGGAGGUGGGGCAGCAGCUGGAGGAGAAGCAGCUGCUGGAGCUGGAGGGCAGGCAGGAAACAAUGCCAAUGCGGUAGCCGUUGCACUGGGUAAUUUGAGGCGAAUCCCGCUGGUGGGUCAGUGGUUGCAGCAGCGUCGCGAACAGUUUCCGACAGUGCGACGCGUCUUCUUGGGCCAGGGACAGGAGCCUGGCCAGAUGAUGCAUGUGCGGCUGCAGCGCAUCAAUGUGGCCGAUAUACCCGGCCUGCAGACACAAGUGGCAGCUGCAACAGCAGCGGCAACAGCAGCAGCACAGGCGGCAGCAACAGCUGCCGCAACUGCAGCCGCAGCAGCAGCAACAGCAGCAGCAGUUUCAACAACAGCAACAACAACAGCAUCAGCAGCAGCAGCGGCAGAAACUGAAGAUGUCGAAUCAAAUCAUGGACAAGGACGAUGCCAAGUGCCAGCAACAACAACGAUGAACAGCAUCAAUGAUGCAGGAGCAACCGAGCAGGAGAUGGGAACGGCAACUGAACCAGGGGUUGGAGCAGCAGCGGAAACAGCUCCGGACAAGCAGUGGGCGGAGGACCAGAAGCAGGAGCAGGAGCAGGAGCCGAAGCUGGAUUUGGAUCUAGGACAAGCAGGCAAGCCUAAGAUGUUGAAAAAUAUAAAUUCCAUCGCGGCGGAUAUUAUAAAUACACCGGAUACGAUUGAAGCUACUUUAACAUCGGCAGCAACAACUACCGAGCCCCCGCUCCAGUCAUUGGCAAAGCAAUUAGCAAAUAAUUUGCCAGCUCAAAGGACGCAACAGCAGCCGGAGCAGCAAGAGCAACAGACGCCAUCAUCGUCAUCAGGUGAAAAGCAAAACAGUCCACUGCAAGCUAAAAAUAUUCGAACUGCUGACCAGCAGUGGGAAAAUAAGGCAGCAGCAACACCAACAUCUGCAGCCGCCUUCAUGUCAAAACAAUCGAGAGCAGACGAAAGUCAGGCUGAGCCUGGCGCUGCUGGAGCAGCAACUGGAGCAACUGUGGCCAAUCCUAGCACAAUGAUGGAUGGCAGGCAAACAGUUGAUUUUAUAGAAGGCGACAGCUUCACGUCAACAGCAAAUUACAACGAUGCCAACGCCACAACAAACCACAUGGCACAGGAACGGCAACAGCAACAGCAGAAGUGGCAACAACAACAACACGAACAGGGUGAUAAGGAGGAAGACCAGAAGUUGUUGCCCAAGCUAAUGAAAACUCAACCGCAUACAUCAAGCCAAGUGACAACAGCAGCAGAAGCCGCAACAGCCAACAACUGAAUAAGAAGACAAAAUCCCACUGGUCGAUGCGGUGGCGGGGUGUGUGAGUGCGUAGCUUGCUGGGCGGGAGGCGUGGAGGGCGUGUGUUGCUUUUGUGAUUGAAUGUGGAGGGGUUUUUUUUUGGGGGGAAUGCGUGCGCCCCGCCGAAAAAUAUAACAAAUAUAACAAGAUGUUAGGCAAGCGUUUAAAACAGCUAGUAAAUUUUAGAUAAUUUGCCUGGUGUACUUAUGUCUAGAGCAUGCAACACUCUGCAUGAGUGUGUGUGUGUGUGUAUGUGUAUGUGUGAGAGAGUGAUACAUGUGUGUAUGUGUGUGUGUGUGUGUGUGGCUAGACAAAUUUUCAUUUUUUGGUUACGCAUGAGAAACUUAGUGUUAAUUAGUGAUUUUAAACUGCAAAUUAAUGUGUGUGUUAGCCAUGGCAACAACUCGUGGCGCGCUGCUCCCUUUUGAUGAGCUGCCAAAAAUGUGAGCAGCAUCAGUUCUGUUAUUUGUUUCGAUCUUUUCGUUAUGCCACAAAAAAAACUACAUAUGCAACAUAAUACAUAUUAUACAGCUAGUCGCAUAAAUAAAGAAACCCGCAAAAUGAAAGCAUAUUUAUAAAUAUAUGAAACUACACAACAAACUUUUGUGCGCUUGGCUUUAUACUUUUAAUUGCAUAUUAUUAUUAUUAUCUAUUUUUACUUUGCUCCGGGACAAUCCGUCAGCCUUCCGGAUAGGCCAAGGACGACGAUACACAUUUGAUUAUAAAUCGAUUAUCGCUUGUUUAAUAUAUGCCUUAUUUACAAUUAAAAUGGAUUUUUGAUUUCGA